AUGGAAACGAAUACGUGGCCAAAAAGCUUGAUGAAGUUCAAAUCUAUUGGAGACGAUCUCAUCUUCACUGGCGGCAUAUUGAUGAAGAAUGGUUGCGCCGUUAUUCCUUUAGAGCUUCGCGAAAAAACACUGGAGAUAGCUCACCUAGGACAUCCGCUCGAAGCUAAGUUGAAAAGCAUCCUUCGUCGACGUGUAUGGUGGCCUGGAAUGGCUACGGAUGCAGAAAAGUGGGUUAAAUCCUGUGCCAUUUGUUCAGUAAACGGAAGACCAGAGAAACCUCCUCCCAUGCAAAGAUUAUUCGCUCCGAAAGGAGUAUGGGAAACUGUGGCCAUUGAUUUUAACGGUCCAUAUAUUAAACUAGGAGGAAUAUCAAUCUUGGUUGCAAUAGAUCUUCGAUCCAGAUACGCAUUAGCACAGCCAGUAAAAUCCACGAAAUUUGAACACACGAAAGCCGUAUUGGAUGCUAUUUUUGAGAAAGAGGGUUUUCCAAAGGCAAUAAAAUCCGAUAAUGGACCACCUUUAAAUGGGGAGGAUUAUGCCAAGUAUUGCGCCGACCGUGGAAUUCAAACCAUAUUCUCGACUCCUUUCUAUCCUCAGCAAAACGGUUUGGUAGAGGGUUUCAUGAAAAUAGUAAAUAAGGCUAUGUCAGCCGCAAUAUCAUCGGGAGUAAGCUAUCAAAAAGAACUGUAUGCUGCAGUCCAAUCUUAUAACGCUGCAGAUCACAGUAUUACAAAACUACCCCCAGAAGAAGUGAUGACCGGCCGUAAGAUCAGACGUGGACUUCCACUUUUGAACUACGGUAAAUCCGGAUAUGAUGAACAGUUGCUGGACGAAAGAGAUCGGGAAGCCAAAUUACUUUCAAAAAAGCGAGAGGACUAUCGCCGUGGAGCUAAGACGAAUAAGGUUAAACCAGGCGAUACGGUUAUCGUGGAACGUACAGCUCGAGGCAAAGGAGAUAGUAGAUUCGACAUAAAGCGUUUCACUGUGAUGCAGGAACGAAACGGCAGCUUGAUCCUUUGUGACGCAGAUGGUCGACAACUGAAGCGCCACGUAUCACAAACAAAAAAAGUUCAACAAUGGCGAGAAUCGUGGUCACCUAAAACCUUCAAAGGCCGUCGAAAUUCGAUGGAUCCUGUUGAUGAAGGGCCCCGUGAGCGGUCUAGACGGAAGAAGCGACCCCCUUCUUAUCUAUCUGACUAUAUGAGGGUAGUUGAAAGCAGCACAGAAUUCUGA